UUUUUGAGUAAAUCUCGACUCGGAACGUGUGAGGUGCGCGAGCCUAUGGGCCUUCCAACCGGAGUCGAAUUCUUCAGGCCGGGCCUUCAAAAGGGGGGCUGACCCAGGUAUCCUCUUCACCGCAACACGAACGCAAACUAGCGCUCGACAUCCAAUCCAACGAGAGUAGUAAUCCACGAGAGACGCAGCAAGUCGAGCAAAGAGAGUUGAAGGCGAUGGCGAGCGCGGCGACGUUGAAGAAGGCGGCGAACCGGCUGGUGGUGGAGGAGGCCGCCACCAACGACGAUAACUCCGUGUGCACCCUCCACCCUGACACCAUGGAGAAGCUCUCCAUAUUCAAAGGCGACAUCGUGCUGCUCAAGGGCAAGCGCCGCCACAACACGGUCUGCAUGGCACUGCCCGACGACACCUGCGAGGAGCACAAGCUGAGGAUCAACAAGGUGGCCCGCUCCAACCUGCGCGUGCGCAUCGCCGAUGUCGUGUCCGUGCACCUGUGCCACGAUGCCGAAUUCGGCAGACGCGUGCACAUCCUUCCCUUGGAUGACACCGUCGAGGGCAUCGCGGGGAACCUCUUCGACGUCUACCUCAAGCCCUACUUCGUGGACGCCUACCGCCCGCUCCACAAGGGCGACCUCUUCCUGGUGCGUGGCGGCAUGCGGAGCGUCGAGUUCAAGGUCAUGGAGAUCGACCCCGCGGUGGAGUACUGCAUCGUGGCGCCCGACACGGAGAUCUUCUGCGAGGGCGAGCCGGUAAAGCGGGAGGACGAGGAGAGGCUUGACGACAUCGGCUACGACGACGUGGGUGGCAUGGGAAAACCGCUGACUCUGAUGAGGGAGCUUGUCGAGCUGCCACUCAGGCAUCCGCAGAUCUUCAAGAGCAUUGGCGUGAAGCCGCCUAAGGGCAUCCUCCUGUACGGCCCUCCCGUGUCCGGCAAGACGCUGAUCGCCCGCGCGGUCGCCAACAAGAACGGGGCCUUCUUCUUCCUCAUCAACGGCCCAGAGAUAAUGUCCAAGAUGGCCGGAGAGAGCGAGAGCAACCUGAGGAAGGCCUUCGAGGAGGCCGAGAAGAACACGCCCUCCAUCAUCUUCAUUGACGAGAUCGACUCCAUUGCUCCGAACAGGGAGAAGACUCACGGCGAGGUCGAGAGGCGCAUCGUCUCCCAGCUGCUGACUCUAAUGGACGGCAUGAAGGCCCGCGCGCACGUCAUCGUAAUGGGCGCCACGAACCAUCCCAACAGCAUCGACCCUGCCUUGAGGCGCUUCGGGAGGUUCGAUCGCGAGAUCGACAUCGGCGUGCCAGACGAGGUCGGGCGUCUCGAAGUGCUCCGCAUCCACACCAAAAACAUGAAGCUGGACGAGGACGUCAACCUUGAGGUGGUUGCCAAGGAUACGCACGGCUACGUCGGCGCCGACUUGGCCGCGCUCUGCACCGAGGCGGCGCUGCAGUGCAUCAGGGAGAAGAUGGACGUCAUCGACUUAGAGGACGACACCAUCGACGCCGAGAUCUUGAACUCCAUGGCCGUCACCAAUGACCACCUUAAGACGGCUCUCGUCGGCACGAACCCGUCUGCGCUACGUGAGACCGUCGUGGAGGUGCCGAAUGUCAGCUGGACCGAUAUCGACGGCCUCGACGGCGUCAAGAGGGAGCUGCAAGAAACCGUCCAGUACCCGGUCGAGCACCCGGAGAAAUUCGAGAAGUUCGGCAUGUCGCCGUCCAAGGGCGUCCUGUUCUACGGGCCACCAGGCUGCGACAAGACCUUGCUCGCGAAGGCUAUCGCCAACGAGUGCCAGGCCAACUUCAUCAGCAUCAAGGGGCCAGAGCUGCUCACCAUGUGGUUCGGCGAGAGCAAGGCCAACGUGCGCGAGAUCUUCGACAAGGCACGUCAGUCUGCGCCGUGCGUGCUGUUUUUCGAUGAGCUCGACUCCAUUGCUACCCAAAGGGGUGGCAGAGUGGGCGAUGCCGGCAGCGCGGCGGACAGGGUCCUGAACCAGCUCAUCUACAUCCCCUUGCCGGACGAGGCCUCGCGGCACCAGAUCUUCAAGGCCUGCCUCAGGAAGUCUCCAGUGGCCAAGGACGUCGACCUCGGAGCGCUCGCAAGGUUCACCUCCGGCUUCAGCGGCGCCGACAUCACAGAGAUCUGCUAGAGGGCGUGCAAGUACGCCAUCAGGGAGGACAUUGAGAAGGACAUGGAGAGGCAGAGGAUGGGGAAAGACACCAUGGAGGUGGACGGCGGGCUGGAAGACGAGGUGGCUGAGAUAAAGGUGGCUCACUUCAAGGAGUCGAUGAAGUACGCGAGGCGGAGUGUAAGCGACGCCGCCAUCA